AUGGCGAUCUCCCUGGCCCCACGAGGUCGUGCUGACGUUCGCGGCUCCUUCGACCCCACCGGGAAUGCCUCUGAGCGCACUUUCGACGAAGAUGAUCCGGAGAUAGACAAGGUCGGCCGCUCCACCGGGUCGGUGGUAGCGAGCGCAGAAGGCAUAGCGUUCACGGCCGGACUGGACCUCCUGUUCAACUUCAAAGCUGUUGUGGUGGUCGGUGUUGCCAUCUACCUGCUCACUCUGCCGAGCAGACUGGAUGACCCUGCGGCUGGGCGACCGGGCGGCGACGUCGGCGGCUGUGCUGGCGGCGACCCGGGCAGAUGCUUCGGUUUCCGCCGCGAGCUGCUCGGUUCCAUGGACCUGUCCCGAGACCCGUGCGAAGACUUCUACGGAUACGUGUGCGGCCUGUGGCAGGCCAGCCACCCUGGCUACCGGGACCAGCUGCACUACCUCGAGGUCAGAACACAAAGCCUGGUGGCAGAGAAAAUGAGAAACGUCGGACUUAGCGCCAGAGAUCGCGCGAAGGAGGCCCUGACAAUGGCUGAACGAGUGUCGCUCGCCUACUUGAUCUGCACUGACACUUAUCGAAACAAAAUUGACUCUUCCUCGAUGAUAAAAGACUUGGUCCUCGACAAGCUGCUACUGUUCGACCAGUCGACGUUUCAUACGAAGAACCUGCCCAGCGCUGUCAGGGAGGCAUUGACGACACUGGCCAUGAAAUGGAACGUGCCCCUUUUCUUCCAAAUCGACUUCUCACCACAUCCCAGGCUCCAAAGCAAAACCAUACUAGUCUUGGACUACAGCUUAACCUUACUGCACUGGAUGAAUCACAAGAGAAAGAUCUUGACUCCCGAAGCAACGGCUCUUAUAAUCGCCGAGUAUCUCAAUUCAAGCCUCGCGGCGCAAAACAGUAGUGACGGUCGCCGCGAUUCGGCUUUGCUUCGCCUGGACGAGCAAAUCACGCUCCAGUGGGUCUCCGUCUUGCUAUCGCUGAGCGGCCGACGCCGUCUACGUCGCAUCACUCUGAAGCAGGUGCGACGCGGAGUCGAGGAGGGCGGAGAUGAGUGGCUCGAAGCCAUCAACAGAGCCGGACUAGGUGAGCUGCGCGCGGGAGACGAAGUCUUAACGAGCGAGCACCUAUUCGCGGCCGUCGACGACGUCGUGAACGCGCACUCGGCAACGCGCGAUAUCUUGCGGGACUUUGUGGCGCUGCACGUAUUUCGACAAUUAGCGCCGUUCACCUCGUACCGCUUUGUUGACGCUUUCGUGAGCGAUCCGUCCCGCGGAGCGAGCGAUGGAGCGCGGGCGUACGUCGUUAGCGAGUGCAUCUCGGCAGUUUCCCGCCUCGUCCCAGGCCGCUCUUUGAUUAACCUAGUGUUCCAUGACCCGGCCGUCGCGGAAAAGCGCCAAGGACGGGCACUGAAUCAUCUCUCGCGAAUAUGGAACCUGACGACGAAACUUCUGCUCGGAGCGAACGUGAAGCUGACGAGAAAGCGAGGCGGAGAAAGGCUCCCGCUAUUAAACCUAUCGGUCGUCUGGCAGAACGGAUUGGUGGGCGCACCGGACGUCAAAGAAAACGACCUGACGCCGUUGAACGUCGACCGGCCGUUCAUCGAGCUGUACCUGAGCUCCGUCGCAGCGCUCAGGAGCAGACAGCGAAACGAAUCGACUGGGACGUUAAGUUUUGUACGUAGAGUCAGGGAACGGACGGGUCUUCUGACGCUGCGCAACGCGCCUUCCAGAUGCGACGACGCAGCGUCGGACGAGAGCGUCUUCGUCCCGACGGCCGCGCUCUUCGAACCUUUCCUGGCCCUCGACAACGACCCUUUCACUCUCGGAGCCCUGGGCCAGUUCCUGAGCCGCGGACUCUGGCAACUCAUCCUCGACGCGACCAGAGAGGGCGCCGCUCGCGGCAAGGCGCUGGCUCUCGCGGACGUCUGCCGCCGACACAAAUCGAGACGGGACGAACUGGACUCGUCGUCGUCGACCGGAGGUGAUCUCUUGUCUACGCACCUGCCGAGCAUCGUGGGCCUGAAAACUGCGCACGCCGCCUACCGCCGCAUUCGCGAAAACGUCACCGACCACGAGGACAACGAUGACUCGGCAGAAUUUUCGCCCGCCCAGCUGUUCUACAUCGGAUCCUGCUUUCAGUCUUGCGCGUCCGGUGCUCAAGCUGCUGGCCGCGGGUCUCGGACUGAGGAAAGUCGCGUUUCGGAGCGUUCGCUGUGCAACGUGCCCGCGAUGCUGUCCAAAGGAUUUGGACCGGCCUUCGGCUGCUCCCCUGGCAGCAAAAUGAUGAGUCUCGCCAGACGCGAGAGCGGCACUUGCAUCGAUCCCGAUGUCUGGCCUCCGCGUCGCAUUGCGGGGUCGUAG